UAAAUAUAGGCAGUCUCAUCACCACCUUUCUUCAUCCCAAGUGGACUGGAAACCUUAAGAAGAAAACUUUCAUAGAAAAAUCGUUUAACACCUCUGGUCCUAAAGCAAAAACAAAGAUGGGUCUGAGCCGUUGUGCGAUCACAAAUGCAACAAAACAGAUAUUGAAGCUAUACAGAAACCGAACAUCAUCAUCAUUGGAUCAAGUCCCUAAAGGGCAUAUGGUAGUGUACGUUGGAGAACAGAUUGAGAAGGAGAAAAAGAGAUUUGUGGUUCCAAUUUCGUUUCUGAAUGAUCCUUCUUUCAGAGAGUUCCUUAGUCGAGCAGAGGAAGAGUUUGGAUUCGAUCAUCCAAUGGGAGGCUUGACCCUUCCAUGUAGAGAAGAAGUGUUUCUUGAUCUCAUCGCUUCUCGGUAUCAAUAAGAGAAGUUUGUAUCAUUUUAGUAGAAUUGUAAUCAUAGAGGUUUUGAGAAUUCGUUCUAGAGAUCGAGGUACUUUUCAUUAUCUGUUCCCAUGUAUUUUUUUAUAACAUGGAGAACCAGAAGAAUUUAUAUGUCUAAGAUUUAUAUCCACAUUUUAUA